AUGAGAAGCAAAUCCAUCUUAGCUGGUGCCGUUAAUGUUCCAAUUGAACCAACAUCAAAUGUUGACUCACGAACGACAAACAAUAUUGUCAUAAAGAACUAUAGUUCAGAGUGUUUGAAAGAACCAGAACCAGAGCUGAAAUCCGUGAAUUUAAACACAGCUUCAAACGCUAACGCUACAUCAGAUGUUAAGUUAGAGUAUCCACCACUGGACCAAAUUCUUUCAAGA